GCACCUUUUUCACAUAAUGAUAUACAAUAACCAACUGUUUUCCUGUCUAAACCCGUAUUUAAAACAGUUGCCAUCUCAUGUAAUACUGUUAGAAUCCAUGAUUGCAAACAGAAUGAAAGAAUGAAAGAAAGAGAGAGAGAGAGACAGAAUAAAGGGGAGUCACGCAUUAAAUGAAUUUCUCUUUCUUUUUCUUUAUUCAUCUCAUGGAGCUUACUGGACAAGUUAGGCAUCGACGAAAACUGACAAAACAACUCUUCUUUAUUGAUAUUCAACCACUUGAUCAGUCUGAAAAGUCGCAAAUCUUCUUUCGAAACGACGAUGACAGUCUAGACUUUUUUGCUGUUCAAGAAGCAUACAAGCAAUGUAAACCAGGACAGAUCAUUCAAGUAACAGUAAUCCCACCACUUGAUCCCUCUGAGCAAGAAAAUAGAGACUAUAAAGUAUGGCAAUCAGUAUGUCCAGUUAAAGUGAUUGAACCAUACGUCAGCGAUAGACCAUUUGUUCAAGAUCGACCUUUGGCAGCUCCUAAAGAAAGCACUGAUAAUACUUGCCUGCAAACAGAUAAAUCAACUGUAUGCAAAUAUUGGAUUAAUAAGAACACUUGUAUCAAGGGAGAUGAAUGUCCUUUUCGUCAUCCGACCGGACAGGAGCUCAUAAAGGAGAGACAAACUUGGAUAGAGGAAAGAACAAAGAACAGACUUAAAACGACACACGAUCCAAACGACCCACAUACGUCCAAUAAACAGCCUCAUGCGCUACGUGCCUUUAUCUUUGCUGAUUGGAUACGGAGAACAUUUGAACAAGAUCUUACAGGAUCAGGUGCUGUUCUAGACAUCGCAGCUGGAAAGGGCGAGAUUUCAAUGUUUCUGAGCCGAGCAUUUGGUAUUCCUUCUAUUGUGAUCGAGCCUCAAGAGAGAAAGCGGACCAAUUAUUGGUAUAUUAAAUUAAGAAGGCUGAUGUAUCGAUAUGAAACCGGAAGCUUAGAGCGCCCAGAUUGGGAAAACAAGCAGAUUAUGAUUGACUUUGAGCACUGGCCAAGCCCAAUAGUUCCUCAAUACAUGCACACUUACUUUGAUGAGGCCUUUCUAAGGGAACAUCAUGAUCUAGUUUCCAACGCUUCCUUGUUUAUUGGACUUCAUCCAGAUCAGGCAACGAUGUCUAUUGUUGAUAUGGCCAUAAAGAUGCGUAAACCAUUUGCUGUGGUACCAUGCUGUGUCUUUAGUCAAGAGAAUCAAACAAGAAAAUUAAAGACAGGAAAGGUCGUGAUGACUACAGAACAACUUAUUCAAUACAUCUGUGAAAAAGAUAUACCAAGCGGGGAAAUCAAAACCGACUAUUUACCAUUUGAAGGAAAGAAUAGAGUUGUUUAUUGGAAGCCAUGAACAUAUAUUAAAGAACACUAUUGUACAGCCAUCCCUCUGUUUUUUCCAUAAUCUCUCGUGUGACCUUGUCUACUUUCGACUGCUCUUUGCCUGACACAGUAAUCACCACCUGGAUACCGUCCUGGUUCUUCCCGAAAGGAUAACUUCCAAUCUUGGCAUCAUCAGAUCUUGCCUGAAUAUCAGCCAAUACCUCUGCAAUAGAGACCUCUGUCUUUCUAGUUGCAAUCUCACAUCUAUAAAACCUUGAUCCAGACAUAACCGCAAGUCGU